GGACGCUGAAUUAUUUCGUGUAAUUCAAAAAAAUAAGAAAACUAUUUAUUCAUUUAGACAUUUCUAUCAUUUUUUUAAAGUUUCGAUCAAUAUUUCCUUAGUGAUAUAUUGAAUCGCGAGUGAAUGACAAUCGCCAGGUAUCUGUAUUGAAUAAAAUAAGAUUCAUUUAAAAUGUAUACGAAAUCAAUUGUAUUUAUCACGUUGGCUUACAUCCACCUUUCUUAUUGCACUACGGAGGAUGAUGGCAGAAUGAACGUAGUGAAACCGACAGUCGACAAAGUAAUGGAAGUAAUACAGUCCGUUUCCGGCGUUGGUGGGUCAUAUAAUACUGCAGGGUCAAACUCUGGGUACGCGAAUCCGGUGAAACCUUCAGUGUCGGAAACAGUGGUACCACAACCAGGAUCAUCUACAACCACAGAACCGGUUACCACGGGCGGUUGCCCAGAGCAACCAACGCAGUCCCACCAGCCGGAAUCCUGUAGUUGUUUGUAUAGUGUCGAAAACUUUUGUGAAGGUUAAUGCUGGCCCUGUUGAUCAUCGUGAGUGAAUCUCCCAUGGUUUUCGUAAAAAAUUCAACCAAACACCCUAUACCAAGUUUUAUUUAAUAUUAUGUCAUAAUAAUCAUACUGUUUUUAUAAUUUUGUCCAAAACAGAGGACAGGCUGUGUUUCACAUUAUCCAAUAACAAUUAUUUCGAUUGUACAUUGAGUUAAAAUAUAUGGAACUUAUUUUACCUAUCUAAA